UCCCGCCACUGACAGCAGCUCCUCACAUCGCUCAGGUGCAGUCAUGCUCCAUCGUCCCAGCGGAUUCCAGCUCCUCGCGCUCCUGCUGUCGCUGCUGCUGAUGCUGAGCACGAGCAGCUCAGCCGUUCAGAACGACGCCACAGAGUCCGUCCAGUCUCAGCCGUCCCACGACACUCAUCAGCGCGAGCCGCCCAAUGAAGACGCCAACCAGGCGAGGAACGGCGGGAGACGGCAGCCUGACGCGGCGCGCGGUGGUGUAGACCAGAGCCAGGUGGGCUGCAGGGAGCUGAGGUCCACCAAGUACAUCUCUGAUGGCCAGUGCACCAGCGUCAACCCCAUCAAGGAGCUGGUGUGUGCUGGGGAGUGUCUGCCAGCCCACCUGCUGCCCAACUGGAUCGGGAGCGGGGGUCAUAACGGGAGGUACUGGAGCCGACGUGACGCCCAGGAGUGGCGCUGUGUCAUUGACCGGACCAGGACCCAGAGGAUCCAGCUGCAGUGCCAGGACGGAAGCUCUCGAACCUACAAGAUAACUGUGGUGACCUCCUGCAAGUGCAAGCGCUACUCCAGACAGCAGAAUGACUCAGGACACAAGGACACAUCUGUCCACACUGGUAAACAGAGGAAAAAUCUGAGGAAGGCUGGACCCCCUGAGGAGAGAGCCGGGAGGCAGUCUGACAACUAAAACCAAGCAGUUACAGUGGAAAUCUCCUAACAGCCACUCCUGUCUUCAUCGUGAAGUUUAGGGACGAAUUCGUGUACAAAUAAUAAAGAAAUAUUUAAUAGCCUGGCUCGGCACACAGCUGUUGUUCAUCAAGAAAUAGUUCCAGUACAUAAUUCUCACCUAGUAUAAUUUGUGCUUGUGUACAGAUUAUUAUUAUUAUUAUAUAUUAUUAUAACAAACAAGAUACAACAUGUUGAUUAGUGAGUUCUGCAACUUUUCCAAUUCUGUCUUUAUGCCAAGCGUAGGCUAACCACAUCCUCUAUGAAAAUACUGAACAAUUGCAUCGAAAUGAACUAGACAAAAAAGUCCAUUAGUAUAGGUGGUGAUGUUAUCAGUACAGAAGAAAGACCAGGAUUUGCUUAUCUGAUACCCCAAAUAUAAAGUCUGGUCUUGUGGUCACAUACUAUAACUACAAAACAACCUGACAUUACACUAUCUGAACUCAGAAUGGUCAGACGUAUCAGGGGCUUUCACACCAAAUGUGCAAGUUCAGAACCACAAGCCAUUGUUUCCAAAGAAGAGCAGAUGCACUUUGUUGGGCAGCUGUCUGAGCCACAGUGUCUUCUAGUUUUUGCAGCCAAUGUUACAAACAAAAAAAAAAAAAAGAACCCUGAUCCCAAAUAAUUGACCAAUCCAA